AUGAAAAAGCGGCCUAGAAGGCCCAGUGGGAGCAUAUCGGAGGACAAGACGGGAUCGAGACCGGAGAACGUUGAGAGUGUUCGGCACCGAAUAGGACGCAAAGUUUGGCCCGUCGAUUUCAGAGAUGGAUCGCAUGAGAGAAUGAUGAACUUCCAUCAUGAUAAUCCGCAUCAUCCAUCCGUUCGUAACUUUCAGACUCAAGAAAGUAUGGAUGGUUGGAGCAAUAGGCACGUAAACGUGCCAACACUGCAGUCUGCAAGGCACGCCGCACCGUACGCUACAGCACAACACCACACACACACAAUCAUCCACACACUGGUGCAUCCAUCAUCGAGUCUGACGAGGCACGAGGCACGCGGCACGACGCACAAGAAGCAGAGAGGCAGAGAGAGGGGACGAGCCCAAUGGGUACGUACUGUCGUCAGGAACGGAACAACGGGACAGGAAGAAACCAAGGCCAAGACCAACCAACCCACACACCCGCAGGCUGCAGCAGUGCAGCACCCCUCCUACACCCCCCCUCGACCGCCCCCUGCAGAUGCUUACCUCAGCGACAAAUCAUAUUGCGCCGCCGGGCAGCUCAAAGUCAACUUCAAACGUGCUUGCUCCGUGCCACCACCAGCAACGGCAGCAACAGCACCACCACCCUCGCCCUCACCAUCAUUACCACCACCCUCACCAUCACCACCACGAUGUCUGCCGACCAACAAUGUCAACGAUGUUGACGACGUCCCAGCUCCAUCAUGGCGCACUCAUAUACCCUCCUUAAUUGUUGAUUACGGGCACGCCUACCUAUGA